AUUAUUAUUAUUAUUAUAACGAAAGAUCGGAGAGAGGCUAAUUAUAACGAACGAGUGGAGAGGCUCCUUCAGGCAGGGGGGAAUCUUUUUAUCCCACCACUGCCACCAAUAUAAUAAAUGAGCUGAGCCAAAUAUAACAUACUGUGCAGACACCAAAUAUAUCACAGCGCUGCCACCGAUUAUAACGUAUUACAACCCAACUCUACAAACGCACAUGCAAGCACACGUAUGUGAAAGGCGAGGGUAUACCGUUCAAUUUUAGAUUUUCUUUUAAAAUGGUAGCUGCCACCAACCUAAAAUGUCUUUAGGAUUUUUGUUGUUAAAUGUGUCUGAGGCAAGCUUCUCCCAUUCCCUGCCCACACUGUUUCCACCCCUGGCUCCCAAACUGAUGUUCACUAUGAGGCUUUUCUGUGGUAUUUUAUUGUUGUAUUGCUGGAACUUUUUAUAAAGGCUUCUUGAUGGAAAGAUACACUGUGGAGGCUUUUGAAAAUUGAAAAUAAACAUUUAUUUUCUUAAAACAGGCAAAUGAUUACUUCAGAGAGGUACAUCAGCAUAAACGGUUACAGAAGUUCUUCAGCUUAACUUAAUUGUAUGUUUCAGAUUACUUCACUUAGUUUCAAACAGUUCCAACCAACCAAUCUAUCUAUUGGUCACAAAAACCCUCGCUCUAUUUGCUAAGAAUAGUCACGAGUUCCCCUGGGUUGUUAAUUAACUCUAACCUAGAGUCCUUCUAUUAACCAGCCCAGUAGUGAGAGUCAAUCCCUUGAGUUAUCUCCCCCCCCCCCCCCAAAGAGAUCCAAACUGCCUGACCUAGCCUGUCAGUUUCACAGCUUUCAGUUCUCUCUCACACACACCCUCCAAACUGCUCUUUCCUCUCCAAACCCCAAAACCUAACUGCCUGGAGCUCUUUUUUUUCCUCUGCACUCUAAGACUUGGCUCCUCCCAUCUGCUCUGGCUGGCCAAUCCUAGGAGUCUCCUCCCCCUUUCUAACCACACUCAAGAUGGCUGCCUGGCAUUCCUCUACAAAAUGGAGGUCUGCCUCACUCACUGUUACCCAGGCCUCAUUCCCGGCCUAAUAGUGAUCUCAGUAAAUAAUUAUAUGAAUACUACACACUGAUAAGUGAAAUACAGCCUAGGAUGGUGCUUCAAGGCGUAAGUGUGUACACCAACUGGACUGGGCUUUCUGUAACAAUAAAAGUUUUGAAGAAAGGAAUUAUGCCAAAACUAAAGGGAAAAUCAAAAGCCAGUUCAGAUAUCUAUGUUCUUGAAAAGUUCCUGAGGACGUAUGAAAAGCAUUGCACGAUGUCCCAAACCUGUGUCAGCCCAACUAUCAAACAAAGCCUUCGGCAAUGUAUAGCAAAUGAUACAUUAAUCACUAAGUUUGUGAUUACCGAUGUGAAAACAGCAUCAAAAAAUUUGCAUCCUGUGCUUCUCACUCCUCUACUAAGGACAAUCCGAGAUGAGCGAUAUCAGUUGGGAAAGGAGCUCUGCAUCUGGGGAAUCCAGAUUAACCCUCAAGAUAUCGCUAAUCUUGCAAUCCUGCUUGAGCUCGAUGGGCGCACCAUCUACCCAUUUUCCAAAUUAGAAAUAACUCAUCACGUUUUAGAUCUCUGGAGUAUGGAGAGACUCGGAGUAGCUUUACCUUACAGCAAUCUGAAUUCUCUUAUACUGGAUUAUUCCAAAUGUGGAGAUAACGGUGUGAGUAAACUUAUUUGUGGAUUAGAAGGGAACAGAAAGCUUUUAACUCUCAGCCUCUGCUACUGUGAUUUAGGACCUCAAAGUGGAUCCAUAUUAGCAACUCUUAUUAUCCAGACUGCUAUUUGCAACCUGUUCCUCAGUGGCAACCACUUACAAUGCUUGGGUGCCGCAGAACUCCUCAAACCAUUAUCAGAAUAUGCAAAAAAGCUUGGAGAAGAAAAAAGGUCAAAUGUCUUGGUGUGCAGUAAUAAUACUUCCCACUACACUCUUGAAGCAAACAAAGAUGCAAACAUCAACUCAAAAGUUGUUCAUAGAAACACCGCUUCCAAACUGAACGGCUCUACGGAUACUUCAUUAGAAAGCACCAGGAAGAAAAAGAAAACAAAAGGCUUAAAGAAGAAAUGUAAGAAGUGUGACUUUGGUCCAUGGUUAGCAAAACUGCAUUUGGCUGACAAUGCCAUAGAUGGAAGGUUUAAACAAAGAGAAGAAAACUUGUGGGAGUUCAUUCGGUUUUUGACUUGUCUAAUCAAGAAUUCUGACAACCUAGUAGAAGUUGAUAUUGAUGGCAAUGCUAUAGGGGAGCAGUGUGCUAUCAAGAUAUUAGAAGCUCUUAAGGACCGAAAGAAAGAAGAAAUGCCACACUUAAAAAUUAAGGUUACCCCACAGAUUUCAGCACCAACUUUUGAGCACAUUUUUAUGAUUUCCUCAAAAAGCAGUCCAGCUAAAAAAAGAAAAAAGAAAAUUAAGUGAUUAUAAAGUUCCUGUGAUUUCAGAAGAUGUAAAAUUCAAGAGGUUAACAAACUUCAGCAAUUAUUUACAUGAUGCUCUACUUUUGGAAAUACUAUGCUGUGUUCUCGGUUCUUCUUAUGAAUAUCCAGAAUAACUUUAGAUAUAUUUUUACACUUUUAGAAGCUUUAUUUAUUGCAUUAAAAUAAAAUUAUGCUACUGCCUACAAAUAAAAAAUAAAUACACUGCAUAGCAAUACCCACA